GUCGUUUCUAUUAACACCGCUCACGCUUCGCUUCUGACUGUGAAUCAGUUCUAUACAGAUUUGUGACAUUGCCUGAGGCGUUUUGUGUGGGUCAGAUGUCUGGACCAGAGUGAUUCCUGGACAGAGUCGUGUACUUAGAUGUACGUACUGUCAUGGCGCCCCGACGUGAGCAGUUCUACGUCCUCGUCGCCAUGUCCUUCGCCCUCGCCGUCUUCACUUUCCUGGAGUUCGCAGACAGAGACACGGACGGCGACAGAGGGAGGAGAGGGAUGCUGGGUUCUUCGAGAGGAUCCACUGGACGAACCAUCUACGUGGUGACGGGAACCUACCAGCGGUCCAAUCAGAUACCAGAGAUGACCCAGCUGGCUCAGACCUUGAUGCUCGUGCCAGACGUGCACUGGAUCGUGGCCGAGGACACCCGCGUGGAUAACGAGAGGCUCAUCCAAUACCUCCUGUCCACGGGUAUUUCAUUCACGUAUCUGAAAACUCCCAUGCCCCGCCAACUCCUGAAAUGGCGACAUCCUCCCAAAGGCGUCCCCAACCGCCGCGCCGCCCUCGCCUGGAUCCGCAAGAACGCCAAGACGGGCGUCGUCUACUUCGCUGACGACGAUAAUACUUAUGACUACAGGCUGUUCGAAGAGAUUCGCUCAACGAGAGGCGUGUCGAUGUUCCCCGUCGGCUUUGUGACUCGCCUCCAGCUCUCGACGCCCGUGGUGAAGGAAGGGCGGUUCUCAGGCUGGUACGACGGCUGGGUGAUCGACAGGAAUUUCCCCGUCGACAUGGCAGCGUUUGCCUUCUCCGUGGAGUUACUGCGGAAAGUACGAAGGAAGGGAAGUUUAUUAGCGAUCUUCUCGAUAUUCACCCCCCCCAAGCCCCCCGGUUCCCCACGGGAUCCCCCAAGAUUGUUGGCUGGAGUUCGGGACUUUGUCUCUGAUAGAAACCUGGAGCUCUCUUCGGAACUUAUUUACGCCUUUUUGGAUUAA